AUGUUGUCCACCCUCAGAAUCGCCAGCCGUAAGGCUGCUACCCGUGACGCUAGUGUGCGCACCGUUAUUGUCGGCGCCAGACACGCCUCCGCCUGGUCCAACGUGCCUCAGGGUCCUCCCGAUGCCAUCCUGGGUAUCACCGAGGCCUACAAGGCCGACACCUUCCAGGAGAAGAUCAACCUGGGUGUCGGUGCUUACCGUGAUGACAAGGGCAAGCCCUACGUCCUGCCUUCCGUCCGUGCUGCGGAGGACAAGGUUGUCGCCUCCGGCUACGACAAGGAAUACGCCGGUAUCACCGGUAUCCCUGCCUUCACCAAGGCUGCUGCUGAGCUGGCCUACGGUUCUGACUCCGCCGUCCUCAAGGAGGACCGUCUCGUCAUCACCCAGACCAUCUCCGGUACCGGUGCUCUGAGAAUCGGUGGUGCUUUCCUGCAGCGCUUCUACCCUCACGCGAAGAAGGUCUACCUUCCCACCCCCAGCUGGGCCAACCACGCCGCUGUCUUCAAGGACUCCGGUCUGGAGGUCGGACAGUACCGCUACUACAACAAGGACACCAUUGGCCUCGACUUCGAGGGUCUGCUGGCCGACAUCAAGGCUGCUCCCGAGAACAGCAUCAUCCUUCUCCACGCCUGCGCUCACAACCCCACCGGUGUCGACCCCACCCAGGACCAAUGGCGCCAGAUCAGCGACGUCAUGAAGCAGAAGGGUCACUUUGCCUUCUUCGACAUGGCCUACCAGGGCUUUGCCAGUGGUAACGCUGACCAGGAUGCCUUUGCUCCCCGUCACUUCGUGAAGGAGGGUCACAACAUUGCUCUCUGCCAGAGUUUCGCCAAGAACAUGGGUCUGUACGGCGAGCGUGUCGGUGCCUUCUCCCUCGUCUGCGAGUCCGCCGAGGAGAAGAAGCGUGUGGAUUCUCAGAUCAAGAUCCUCAUCCGUCCCUUCUACUCCAACCCUCCCAUCCACGGUGCCCGCAUCGCCUCGACCAUCAUGAACGACGCCAAGCUCAACGAGCAGUGGCUGGGUGAGGUCAAGGGCAUGGCCGACCGCAUCAUUGAGAUGCGCGCUCUCCUCCGCAAGAACCUGGAGGAGCUUGGCAGCAAGCACGACUGGUCUCACAUCACCAGCCAGAUCGGCAUGUUCGCCUACACUGGUCUCAAGCCCGAGCAGAUGGACGCUCUGGCCAAGGAGCACUCCGUCUACGCCACCAAGGACGGCCGUAUCUCCGUGGCCGGUAUCACCAGCGGCAACGUCAAGCGUCUCGCCGAGUCCAUCUACAAGAUCACCGGUUAA